AUGGCAAUCCCCAUAGCCACCGCCGCCCUCCCACGCCCCGCGUCUCCCGCGCGCGUGGCUUCUACCAACUUGUUCCGCCGCAUGUCCGCACAGGCCCUGGGGAUGAAGGCCGCGGCGCUGUGCCACCGCUCGCAUUGGGUGCCCAAGUCCUCGCGCACGAGCUGCUCCAACUGCCGCCGGAGCUUCCGUCUCUGGGCCAGCAAGCACCACUGCCGUCUCUGUGGGGAGGUCGUGUGCGGGGCCUGCUCGACGAAGCGCAUCCUGUUCCAGAGCAAGAGCGCGCGCACGUGUGACGACUGUGUGGACGCCAAUGUGCCCCCUCUCUCCGCGUCAGUCGAUGGGGACCAGGCGAGCUCUGCGGCGCUUAGAGAUCGCGAUGCAAAGCAGUCGAGCCGGUUACCGGAGCUCAAGGCGCGUCUAAAUAGUGGCAAACGUCGACUCCGUCGACACCAUUCGUCCUUUGCAGCCUCGUCAACGACGCGGCUUGGCUCGCGUCGUCGGGCGACCACUGUCAGUAGCAGUACCUCAAAACAUGGAGUCGAGACGUGCUGUUGCUCCGCCUCCUCCUCUUCCUCGGUUGAAACGGUGGCGGUGCUGAACUACCACUUCACGUUUCCCCGACAGAAGCAGAUCAUGUCGCUCGCGAUUGCAGCGCUCGUCGUCUUGAUCGGCUGUGCUGUCGAGCGCACGGCGCAAAUCUGGAUGUAA